AUGGCCACCACUCGCCGUGCCGCAAAGCAGGCGGCCUCCCCCUCCAACUCCAGCGUCGAACCCAUGGCUUCCGCCCAAGCCUCGGCCUCGACGCCGCGCAACUCGCCGUUUAUUCCGACGCCCCUUGAGCGGCUCUUUCUCGCAGCGUUCCCCGUCGUGCUCGUCUUCGGCACCCUCUUCUCCGUCCUCUCUCCGGAGACGCGCUCGGCCCAGUACGAUCCCGUCUCGCAGUCGCACUCGCAGGACCCGACGGCCGCGCCGAGCUACUUCGCGCGCAAGUCAAAUAUCUUCAAUGUCUUCUUUGUCAAGCGCGGUUGGGCGUGGAUUACCGUCGCAUUCGCUGCCUUUGUCUUCACUCACCCCAGCACUGCCGUCGGGUCGCGCCGGCUCCGCGCCUCGCUGCGAUGGGUUGCUGUCACCACUCUCUGGUUCCUCGUCACGCAGUGGUGCUUCGGCGCUCCCAUAAUCGACCGUGGCUUCCGAUGGACUGGCGGCCGGUGUGAGUUCGCGCAACGGGAGGUCCAGAUGGGGGAUACUAGCAUUGGAGAAAUGGUGACGGGAAUGGCGUGUAAAGCUGCAGGCGGAAAGUGGAAAGGAGGACAUGAUAUCUCGGGCCACGUUUUCUUGUUGUCACUUGGAACUGCCUUCUUGAUGCAAGAGGUGGGAUGGCCAAUCUUGCGAUGGUCCGGCUGGCAGGCUGAGGAGAGGUGUGUCGUCAUGUCCGACGGUGCACUGAAGAGUGCCAACGUUGAGGCCGAAGCGCCGGUUGGCCAUGGCGCAGGAAAGCCUGCUCUAGGGCUAGGCACUAAUUUUGCGCUCGGCGUGAUGGGUUUAAGUAUCUGGAUGUUGUUGAUGACGGCCAUCUACUUCCACACCUGGUUUGAGAAGUUUACCGGACUCUUGACCGCGAUAACGGCAUACUCGAUUGUAUACACUGUUCCUCGGUUCGUCCCGGACAUCAGACAGGUCAUUGGCCUGCCGGGAAUUUAA